AUCGAUAGUUUUCCACCUCUAAUGCGAUACGUUCUAUUCCAUAACAUUUAUUAUUUUUGUGUGUGUCCUAAUUGAAAAUAAUUAGCUAUGGGGGGCGACCAUGGACAUGGACACGGACACGGCCACCACGAACCUUACAAAAUCCCAGAUUGGAGGAUUUACAAGGUGGAAGACGUGCCUGAGUUGCUGACCACUCAAAGAGCCCUAGCCUCUCAAGGUCUAAAAGAUCCCUGGCUCAGAAAUGAAGUAUGGCGCUAUGACCCCAAGUAUUGGAGUACAGAAAAGAUCAUGUUGAAGAAGGUCUUCUUCAGGGGUUUCCGGUACGGAUUCGCAGCUUUUGUGCUCACUGUGGGCGGUACAGCAAUUUAUGAUAGGAUCUACCCCAGUGAACAUGGACAUGAGGAACACCAUUAGAUAAUCAUUUAGUUAAGAUUUUAUUGUAGUUCAAAGCUUGUAAUAUAUUGUGGAAUUUUGAAAAACACAAU